AUGAAUUCAGCACGACUUUCCCUCCGGCAUCUGGCCCAAGCGGUCCCAGCCCUCCGACCUGCCGGCGCUUUUCACAUCCCAACAACUCAAUUACAGUAUCGGCUACAGUCCACUUCUUCCAGAUCGAUACCCAGAUUCGCUCAAACGUCAAUAUGGACAUCCAUGAUCCCCAAGUUCAUCCGGAACCGCGGCGCUAAAGAAACCAAGCCGUAUAAGCCGAAAUCCAAGGAAUGGAACCCCGCAAGUUUCUACAUCAUCAUUUUCAUCCUGAUCGGAUCUCAGGCCAUCCGGAUGAUCGCAUUGAAGAAUGACUAUGCGGCGUAUACGCGAUCGACAGAUGCGAAGAUUAGGCUCCUCCGGGAGGUGAUAGAAAAGGUGAACAAUGGGGAGAAGGUCGAUGUGGAGAAAUUGUUGGGCACGGGAGAUGAGGCGAAGGAAAGAGAAUGGGAGGAAGUUCUCCGUGAGAUCGAAGCGGAAGAUUCAUUAUGGCAUCGCAAGGCGGCCGCAUCGGAAGCUCAGCAAGAGCAGGUUGAGGAGCCAGAACAAUCGAUAAUGAAGUCAAUUAUUAAAGAGCCUGCUGUACCUGCUGAGGGACCCCGGGAUCAAGGUCUACCUGCCGAUAGCCCGUCUAAGAAGAAGCUCAAUUUCUUCUAA